GCGGGGGUGGAGUAAAGGGACUAAGAACUCUGCGGAGGGCUUCUCAGGCCCUGGGUCUAAAACGCCGCGCUGUGCUCCCUACUCCGGCAAAGCUCCGCCUCCUCAGCCUUAGUUUCUCCUUCGGGAAAUUGGGGAAUCUUGAUACCUCUCUGGCAUCCAGCAGGCGCUUACUAAAUGGCCAAGUCAUUGUCGGGCUUUCUAAAUAAGGCUCUAUUAGUGGCCGGGUCUGGCCGCGGUCCCAGUGUCCCCGGGCGGCCCGCCGAGGGGCGGACACAUGGCGUACUAUAAAGCAGCGGCGGCGCACUGAGGGGUACUGCGGCUCCUAGGGCGGCGGCGGAGGAGGAGAAGGAGGAGAAGGAGGAGAAGGAGGAAUAGAAUGGAGAUCCCCGUGCCCGUGCAGCCGUCUUGGCUGCGCCGCGCCUCGGCCCCUUUGCCCGGGGUUUCCGCGCCAGGGCGCCUCUUCGACCAGCGCUUCGGCGAGGGGCUGCUGGAGGCCGAGCUCUCUGCGCUCUGUCCCGCCGCGCUGGCGCCCUACUACCUUCGUGCACCCAGCGUGGCGCUGCCUACCGCCCAGGUGCCGACCGACCCCGGGCAUUUCUCGGUGCUGCUGGACGUGAAGCACUUCUCGCCAGAGGAAAUCGCCGUCAAGGUGGUUGGCGAACACGUGGAGGUGCACGCACGCCACGAGGAGCGCCCGGAUGAGCACGGAUAUGUAGCCCGCGAGUUCCACCGCCGCUACCGCCUGCCGCCUGGUGUGGACCCUGCCGCUGUGACGUCCGCGCUGUCACCCGAGGGUGUCCUGUCCAUCCAGGCCGCACCCGCGCCAGCCCAGGCUCCGCUGCCCCCGCCGCCGGCUGCUGCUGCCAAGUAGGGGUCUGGGUACGCCAGAACCCCUGGAGCCGCCUCAGGCCCCCCUUUUAAAGCCGACCUGACUCCGCCCAGCCAGAUAUCCUGAGCUCAAGACCACCCGCUCACCCAAUCUGGAUCCCGCCCAGACCCUUCCAACCUAGACUCAGUCUUGAUAACCUAGGCCUUUCCAGUGAUACUCCUACUCACACCCUCUCCCGCUUUUAACCCCCCACCCCAACCUCUCUAGCUUCCAGACCCUACAAGCACAACCCUUCCACCUAUAGCCUCCCAUUUCCAUCCACCCCACUUUCUUGGCACAUAAGCCCAUUCAAAACUGUUUCCUUCUGACUCCUCUAUGAAAACAUCUCCACACCCCAUUUUAUUCCCCUCCUCACUUAAUACCAGAUUAUGGUGUAGACAGCCCUGUGCCCACCCUUGGCCAGUCAAGUAUACCUGCCCCCCCUCCACCCGCAACCCCCAGAAAUGUCCCAGACACUGCACAGACCUCCCAUCUCAGACCACCCAGGCCUAGGAUGGUCUCAUUCCAAUCAGACACUCCACUCCCUGCCACCCCAUCCCCAGAACCCAUCUUUGGAUUUGAAACUUCAGCCAGCCACCUUCAGACUUUUAAAUCCCUUUUCUGACCCCUACCCUUGGACAACUAUUCUAGGCCAACCAGGACCCUCAACCUCAAAAUGUAGAUACCCCGCCCAUCUCCCCAGACUCUACAAUAUCCUAGUUCCCAUCCCCAGCUCUACCCAGGACCCCUGUCAUUUUGUCAUGACCCUCAAGUCUCUAACCACAUGUAAUCCACCUUCCAGACCCCUCCCUCUAUUCUCCAAGACCCAGCCAAGCAGCCACUUCUUCUAUUCCCCACAAUCUUUCUCCUUCCUUGAAUUUCCUGCUGCCCCAUCCCUCACUCCUACCUAGAUCCACUCCCCUAAUAAAUGUGCUAGAGCUGUG